CUCAGGAUUUCAAAAUGCUUCGAUCGAGGGAGGUUGCAUGGACCGUCUAUGACGAGAAAGGGUCCAUUGUACAAAGCAUUUCGUGACAAGCAAUAGGGCAAGCCUUGAGACGAUCGCGUUGACGUCGUUUGAGAGCCUGUAGAAGCCUGUAAAAAUUCAGUUAAGACUCCAUUCCGAAGUUAUCUGACCACCCUCGAUGUCUUAUGGAGAAGAGACCGGGUGAGCAACGUCUCUUACAGACUGUGAAGGUCAAGCGAAGGUACACACCGCACGCAAAGGCUCGAUGAUCUUGCCACUAAGCUGAGCUGCAAAUUCACUGGCGACGAACAAUUCAAGUAAAGGCCAUCGCGCAGUGAAUUUGCAGUCAACCAAGUUCUACGAGGUUCCUCGCUAUUCUGUCGUUGAAGUCGUUGUCUAUGGAGCUCUCCAGAUCUGACACAUUCACCAAACCGAAACACACGUCGCUAGCGGGUUACCGUUCGGGAAACCUCGCCGUUGGUAGGACAGCUGUCCUUAAUGACCUAGGCGAAAUUCCGCAGGUAUCACUGGAGUAUUUCAAGUCUGCCAUCCUGCCACCCCUUCGUGGACAGAUUGACAUCGCUAAAAUCAAGACUUCGUUGGAGGGUGCUGGGGCUUGGUCCCGACUUUCGGGGUGGACUGCGAUUAAGAAGGAGCCGAAAAUUUCUGGUGUAUCUGAGGAGGAGGCAUUUGAACCUCUUUCGAAGGUUUUUGACGCAGUCGUACGCGAGGCUGAGCCAGAACACCUCAUCCACCUCUUCUGUGCCCUUGUGUUCGCAGACAACCACGAGCUCGGAUGGGACCCAACAAUCCAGAGAGUGUGCGUCGAGGGUAAAAGUCAGUACGUCAUUACUGUGCGGGCCGAUGAUGGGCGAACCUUGGAAUACCAGAUCACGAGGGUGGUUUCCGAUCUCAGUGGCUAUGACAUAAGGAGUCGUGGGACUUGGGUCUUCGAAGUGCGUCUCAAGUCUCCGGAUGGAAAUUUGGACACAGCACCCCUCGUAUUGAAAGAUUCAUGGAGAGAUUGUGACCGGGAGCGAGAGGAUGAAAUCCUUGAACAAAUAUUUGAUGACUUACGGAAGCUCAAGGGCAUCGAGGCAGAGGAAGAGGCUAGAAAAUAUUUUCUCACUGUAGUUGAUGCAGGGGACGUGGCAGAAGUUUGCACACCUAUAUACGAACUUCAGCACCUCGAUACUGUGUUUAAGACGCUACAAGACGUUCAUAAAGCCUUGCAGUUUCUGCACAGCGCUGGGUGGGUGCACCGUGACGUCAGUGCCGGAAACGCUUUACGGGCGGGUGAGGUGGGCAAGUUAGCUGACCUGGAGUUCGCAAAAUGUAUGGACUCCAACACCACCCACGAAGUCCGUACGGGAACACUGGAUUUUAUGGCCUGCGAGGUUGAAGCUCAAACAUAUCUGUUUAAACCGUCCACAGGUUUGCCCGUUGAUGCAGACUUUAAGCUCCUCACAAAUGUCGAGUCCACCACACAACUCCAAGUCCCAUUCAGGUUCAAUCCUCUCCAUGACUUGGAAUCUCUUUGGUGGAUUUUAACGUGGAUAUUAUAUCACCACGUCGACAAAAUCGAUAGCCAGCCGUCAUCAGGUCAGAUAGCGUGCUUUCGGCAGCUUUUCCCCGGACGGCUCAAUUCCCGUUUCCCUAAAUUUUCCUCUUCAAUAAGCUGGGGUGUGCUUUCGGCCUCUUUUCGCCCUGCUGCUCUUGUCGUUGAUGACAUGCGCGAGCAACUUAGGUUGGCUUUCACUGCAAGCGAAACCACCAUGCCGCCGGACUAUACCGAUGCACUUGGAAAUCUCCAAUUCAUCUUUACCAAGCGCUUUGAAACCGCUGUUGAGCUCUCUUAA